ACCACCUUGUCCUUAUUUUAGCCAACUCACGCGACGAACAAGAAGAAACAAGGAGGCGAUUGGCCGAAGGGGAAUAAUGAUGGAUUUGGCGGCAACAGAGCAAGAACAAUAAUCAGCCGCUGAAUCCUUCCGAUCGUCGUCUCCGUCGGUCAUCUUCUCCGGCUCCGGUGGAAUCGAUCACACACAAGAAAGAAGGAUGGACGAGCUUUCCAAGGAGCAGAUCGCGGAGUUCCGGGAGGCCUUCAGCCUCUUCGACAAAGACGGCGACGGGACGAUCACGACGAAGGAGCUGGGGACGGUGAUGAAGUCGUUGGGGCAGCACCCGACGCAGCAGGAGCUACAGGACAUGCUGGAGGAGGUGGACGCCGACGGCAGCGGCUCCAUCGACUUCAACGAGUUCCUCUCCCUGGUGGCGCGGCAGAUGCGAGGCGACGCCGACGCCGAGGAGGAGCUCCACGAGGCCUUCCGCGUCUUCGACAAGGACAACAACGGCGCCAUCUCCCUCGACGAGCUCCGCACCGUCAUGAAGAACCUCGGCGAGAAGCUCUCCGAGGACGAGCUCAACGAGAUGCUCAAGGAGGCAGACGUCGACGGCGACGGACAGAUCAACUACAAGGAGUUCGCUAAGGUCAUGAUGGCAAAACGGCGGCAAAAUAUGGAAGAAGAUCAUAGAGGUGGCAACCACGGCGGGUCAGAUCACUCCAGCGGCGGCGGUGGUGGUUGCCCAUCGUGUACGAUUCUUUGAGAAAUUCAGGGGCUUCUUUGGCUUUAUAGUCUGGCUUAUGACAGAACAAAGUUUUAAACAUGUAAAACAACAAGCAAAACAAGACACCCGUGAUUCAUAGUUUAAUGGGGAGAGAAUAUUAUUACGUGUAGAUUAUUCAUGAAUCUUAGUUAUGCUAAAAGAUAGUGUGUCCAUCUUCAGGGGCAAAUA